CUGCCCCCGACCUGCCCCAGCCCCCCCUUCUAACCCCCCCCCCCCGGCUCCCUCUCAGAGCCCCCCGGCUGGUCCCCGCGCCCAGGAGGCAGCCAGCAGCAUGUGGGCCCGGGCCGGCUGAGCCCCGUCCCCGCGGGGAACAUGCGCCGGGUCCCUGCGGAGCUGGGAAUCCCCAGAUCCUGACAUGGCCACGCCGGGCACCGUGGGCUCUGACCUGCCGCUGGAGGAUGGGGAGCCUCCGCCCCCCAACUCGCCCGGAGCCCCCCGGACCCAGGUGAAGGAGGAGGGGCCCCAGUCGAGGCCGGAGGCAGUGAUCGCCCCAGAGACCGAGGUGCUGGGCACUGACGGGGAGGGGUCGACGCACAGUGCUGGUGAGAGGGCACCGGGGAGGGCCGGGACAGGGGGCACUGGGGAGACUAUGGGGGGAGAUUGGAGGGCACCGGGGAGAUUGGGGGGCUCUGGGGAGGUUUUGGCCCCCCCCCCGACCCCGCUCCCCCUCUUUCCAGGCGUGCUGUCGGAGGAGCAGCUGCGGAAGAAGAAGGUGCGGCGGCAGCAGCAGAAGGGGGCGGGAGGGGAGGCGCCGCUGCCGCAGGUGCCCCCCCUGCCCCCCACGCCCCUCGCCGAGCCGGCCCGGCUCAGCCCCCAGCAGGAGCUCAUGAUCCGGCAGCUGGUGGCCGCCCAACAGCAGUGCAACAAGCGCUCCUUCAGCGACCAGCCCAAGGUCACGCCAUGGCCCCUGGGCACCGACCCCAACAGCCGGGAGGCCCGACAGCAGCGCUUCGCCCACUUCACCGAGCUGGCCAUCAUCUCGGUGCAGGAGAUCGUCGACUUCGCCAAGCAGGUGCCCGGCUUCUUGCAGCUCACGAGAGAGGACCAGAUUGCGCUGCUCAAGGCCUGCACCAUUGAGAUCAUGCUGCUGGAGACGGCCCGGCGCUACAACCAUGAGACGGAGAGCAUCACCUUCCUGAAAGACUUCACCUACAGCAAGGACGACUUCCACCGCGCCGGUGCGAGGGCGGGGGGAGGGGGGGGCUGCGGGGGUGCAGGAGCCCACACACACACUGACCCGUCCCCCCAGGACCGGCUGAUGUUCCCGCGGAUGCUGAUGAAGCUGGUCGCCCUGCGCACGCUCAGCAGUGUCCACUCCGAGCAGGUGUUCGCCCUCCGUCUCCAGGACAAGAAGCUGCCCCCGCUGCUCUCCGAAAUCUGGGACGUGCACGAGUAAGGGGGGGCCGGACCUUCUCCCCCCCCAACGCAGACUGCAGGGACCCCUUCCCAGCCAGACCCUCCUCGAGGGGCCUCCAUGGACGGAGCAUCUCCAGUCACCGCCUGCAGGAGGCACUGUGUACUCCAUUGCUCCCCAAACUGGGGACCCCCGAGCCGGGGGAGUGGGCGGGCAGCCUCAGAGACUAUGGGGGGCUGCCGUGGGUCGGCCCAGCCCCCUCCCCCCAUCUGGGGAGGGCUAUGAAGCACUUUUCUCUGCCCCGCUACCACUUACCUGCCCCAGGGGAGCCUGCCGGGGGGUUGGGGUGGGGGCUUCAGGGCUGAGUUGACCCCAGCCCUGUGAUGGAGCGUGGAGCUGGGGGCCCCCCCUCCGCCAACACCAACAGCUGUAUUUAUUGGGGGGUCAUCACGGGGGUGGAGCAAUGCCCCCUCCCCCCAACCUGGGUCCCCCCCAGCAGACGGGACCCUGACCCCCCCACGCUGCUUCCUGCUGUGCACAGGCCGUGAGUGCCCCCCGCUGGACUCGGGCUGCAUGGACGGGGCGGCUGGGGGUGCCCCUUCCCCCGACAGGGCGCAGACCCCUGUGGAAAUAAAGCAAAUCAUGGCACAGCA